UGCCUGUGUUGUAUCAUAAAAGUAUCUCCCACUUUCUCUUGUUUUAGAGUGGCAUUUGGAGGAUUUAUUCGACUGGAAUAGGCUAGAUAGGCGAAUUGAAAGGAUAUUUGUCAACGAAUCAAAUGGCUCACGCAACGUCAGUUAUACGACUUAUUGUGCCCGUUCUGAUACUGAUUUUACAAGUCCAGGGGUAUGACAGAGGACUACAGAAGCUUCAGAGGCAGAAGAGAGAAUGGAUCAUUCCUCCCAAGAAAUUGAUGGAGAAUACGGACUAUACUAAGAAGGAAUACAUAUCAAAAAUUCGCUCUGAUGAAGAGACACGAACCAGCAUACGUUACUAUCUCGAAGGCAAGGGAGCAACUGAAACUCCAGUGAACCUUUUCACAGUGAAUCCUGAAAAUGGCUAUGUCAGGAUCAAUGGAAUUCUGGACCGGGAGGAGACAUCUUCUUACUAUUUGAAGGGAGUGGCAAAGUUCACAGAUGGGACACGAGCAGAGAAAGACAUUGAUCUGAUAAUAGAGGUUCUAGACCAAAAUGACUGUCCACCUGUGUUCUCUUUUGAAGCAUCUCAAACUACUGGUGAAAUUAGUGAAGCAAGUGCAAUUGCUACAUAUGUGAUGAAAGUCAGCGCCACAGAUGCAGACAUGCCCAACACUCCUUACUCACAGAUAGCCUACACCAUUGUUGAGCAAAGCCCUGCAGGGGGCAGCAUGUUCUACAUCAACCAGGAAACAGGAGGGAUCUAUGUCAAGCUGAAAACUCUGGACAGGGAGACCCAUGACACAUACACACUGACAAUCAAAGGAACUGACAUGAAUGGAGGUGCAGGAGGGCUCUCGGGGACUGGAAAAGUUGUUAUCAAGAUUCUGGAUGUAAACGACAACAUUCCAACUCUGGAAAAGAACUUUUACGAGGCCAAAGUAAUGGAGAACACAGUCAAUGUGACAGUGUUGAAGAUCCAAGCAGUAGAUCUCGAUUUAAUUCAUACCGAUAACUGGCUGGCUGUGUACACCAUUGUCUCUGGAAAUGAAGCAGGAUACUUCAGCAUCACUACAGACACCCAGACAAAUGAGGGCAUACUGGUGUUGAAUAAGCCCUUAAACUAUGAAGAACUGAAAGAGGUCAACCUGCGGGUGGCUGUUUCCAACAAAGCGGAGUACCACUCCUCCACCAUCAUCACUCAGUCCAAGACUUACCCCAUCAAGAUCCAUGUCCAAAAUGAGCCGGAAGGCCCUCGCUUCCGACCUCAAAUCAAAGUAGUGACAGUCUCAGAGGACAGAACCACCAUUAAUUUAAAUGAGGUCAUCACUACCUACAAGGCCAUUGAUAGUGACACACUGAUGUUUGCCACCAAUGUCAUUUAUGCCAAAGGAGAAGAUAGGGACAACUGGAUAACUAUAGAUCAAAACACUGCUGAAAUCAGACUAAACAAAUUUCCUGACCGAGAAUCCAAGCACCUGGUUAAUGGAACAUACUAUGCCAAAAUCAUUUGUAUCACAAAAGAUAGCACAGAGAAAACAGCCACAGGAACCAUCGCCAUUCAGGUUAAGGACUUCAAUGACCAUUGCCCAACGUUGACCAACACGACCCAGACUGUGUGCUUUCAGGAUAAUGUGGUGUAUGCCACACCCGUGGAUAGGGAUCCCUUUCCCAAUGGAGCACCGUUUGAAUUUAAAGUCAUGUCCAGCACAAAAGAACAGUGGACUGUAGAGCGCCUGAAUGACACCACAGUGAUCUUGCGACCCAAAGAGACUUUGUGGCCAGGCUUUUACAAGGUUUUCCUGCAGAUCGAAGACCAGCAGGGAAAAUACUGUGCUGCUGAUGGCCAGGUGUUAAACAUGGAGGUGUGCAGCUGUGCCGCUGGCACCAAGUUGUGCCUGCCACGAAAUGAAAGGGGGCCCACUGCCGUCCUGGGACCCGCUGGCAUCCUCUUGCUCCUCCUGGGACUCCUACUGCUCUUCUUGCUGCUCCUCCUGCUGUUGUUCUGCCUGUGCGGUGGUGCCGGAGCGGUACCCGAUGGUUUUAUCCCCAUGCCCUGGGGAGCCAAAGAACACCUCAUCGCUUAUCACACUGAGGGCCAAGGGGAAGACAAGGGAGUGCCUCUGGUGACCAUACCAACAGAAGUGGAUGGUGGCCACAUUCCGGCCAUUGAUGGAGGCGGAAAAGGUUUUGCCACCGGUCUUGGCCUUCAUGUAGACAAAGGAAUUACUAAUAAUGUGUAUAACAAGCAGAAGUGGAUUUCAACAGUGGGCACUGGUGGAGGAGGAUUUGAGUAUGGGUAUGGGAUUCAGCAACAUGAACACAGAUAUGAGGGGGUGUCCAGCAAAACGGGUGCAUUUGAAGGCAUUGCAUUAUCGGAGGGGUUUCUUCAGCAAUAUUAUUCACAAAAAGCCCACUGCAUUCAUGAUCAGCAUUCUCCAAAAGAUGCUCUGCUCAUCUCUAAUUAUGAAGGCCAGGGGUCUCCAUCGGGCUCAAUAGGCUGCUGUAGUCUCCUCGAGGAUGACCAGGACCUGGACUUCCUCAGUGAACUCGGGCCUAAAUUUAAGACUCUGGCUGACCUCUGCGGUGGAGCGGCACUUGAAGUCGGGUCUAGUAUGGUGACGGUCACAGCUCCUCAGCCUUCAGCAGCGCACGUGGCGAACGUUGAUAUCAGCGGGGAUAUCUCACGGAGCAUUAAUGCUGCUAGAACCGAGUCCACCAGCCUGGCCACUUCAUCCACCCUGAUCCAAGGAAGCACACUCUCGUCAACCCGUCCAGCCACCACCAAUGUGCAGCUUCAAGAGAACUUAGGCGUUCCAACCCAGACACUGCUCAUCCAGCAGCCAACUCUCUACUAUGCUGCUGCCCCACCUAUGUACGUGGUGGACCCACAGCCCCAUCCAACCCUGGUCGUAGGUUCUGCUGUCAAUGUGGGUGAAAACCUGAUCAUGGUCGAGAGAAAGGCCGCCACAACAGGAUCUGCCCAGCUCCAGGGUGUGCGUCAGGGGGUGCUCGGGGUGGAGAACCUGCACGGAGCCCAGAGCCUGGUUCUGCUGGAGGGCAGGGCUUCUGCGGCUGGUGACCCUCAGCAGAUUAUUGGCACGUUGGGGAAAAGGCAAGUGCUCAUGGUCGAGACAAGUGGUCAAGGAAUGAAGAGCGGCUCUGUGAAUCGAAUCGGUCAUGGUGAGAGUUACACUUCUGGUAAUGUCUCACUCUCAGGGACAGCAAUGAGUGCUGGGAGCGGGAGGCUGCAGUAUACAGGCAGUGGAGGUCCGAUUCAGGUGCUGCCAUACCAAGGCCAUCCCAGUCAGAGUGUAGACGUGAGAGGCCAAAGUGCCUCCGUGAAUGUUCCACUGGAGGCUAUGCACGAAGGCACCCACAAAGUGGUUGUCCAGGAGAGGGUGUCAGUCACUGAGAAAAAUAUCCAAUCCAGUAGUACAGCAUAAAAUGCUAAGGCUUCAAUUAUAUAUUUUGCUCCAGUUUAUCAAGUUUAAUACAUUAGAACUAUAGGGAGACCAGUGGCUAUCUGAAGAAUUACAAAAGAAUAUCAUUAGAAUGCAAAAUAACAAUAUUAUUGAAUGCAAAAUGAAAAGUUAGUGUUACUAGGAUUAAGUAUUAACUCCAUCAGAAGGCAAAGGAUCCGGACAAAAAGAACUCUUAAGAUUUCUUUUGACUUUAGUACAAGAUUUAAAUGUUUUUAAGAUACACACAACCUCUUCAUUAAACUGUAUCCAGCACUGUAUUUGUUGCUUUACAAGUAUUGUAUAUUGAAGAUCAUGAAUCAUCAAAAUCAAUUUUUUGUAUAAUAAUGUAAUGUUUCUAUAGUUGUUUCCCAAGAAAGCAUAAACAGUAUAAUGGGUUUAGGUUUGCUGUAAUACACUGCUUAUUAUUACCACUAGAGGGUGCUACUGUUCUAUGCAACUGAAUGACUUCCUGUAUGUCAUUACCGUAAUGAAUGAAAAAAUAAGGUUAACUUUUUCAGAAGAAUAAGGUUUGCUGAAGGGUGCAGAAAUGUAACUGACAUUUCAAUAACUUUUUAGUUUGAUAUUUCCAUUUUUUUGUUUUUUUACUUGAAGCUUUAUGCAGAAGAUGUAAUAUAUGUUUAAAUGUGCUAAAUAUUGA